AUGUCUCGUCCUAUUGGAUAUAUCGGAUACGAGUUUGGUGAUGAUGAAAUGUUUAUGCAACAGAUGAUUAAUGAUGAGAAAAGUACAGAUUUGAAUAAAGAAAAAUUUCUAGAGCAACAGAAAAAAAUGCUUGAAUGUCUUGAGACGAUGGCCGAAGACGAGGAACCCGUACCAACAAAGUCAUUGAACUUCGAAGAAGCAUUCCAGAGCAACACUCUUCCAGAAGGCUACAAAUCUCCAUACAAAACGAUUCCAUUCCUCACAGAAGACGUCGUUACAGUUAACACCAUGAGUCAUUGUCCACCAGAUGACAUCGCGAAACUCAUUCGAAACAUUCAGAACUCAGUCUACACACUCGGAUUAGAUGAAGCACGUCAAUGCCGACGUGGAAAACUUCUCGAUGUUUUGAAGUCAAACACACCGACAGACCACUUUCAGCAGCAAACGCCACCACAGAAAUCUUCUCCAAUUCCUACUGAUAAUCAUUAA